UUCAAUAAGUUUAUAGCUGGUACGCACUGUUUCGAUAACUUUUACUUGAUUAUGAAUUUUACCAGUCAGCUGUGUUAUAUUUAUUUUUGCUCAGAUUCAGACUCUCUUUAGGCCAGCAUCGUCCAAAGAGUUCGGCAAAUACGGAGCAGCCGAGAGGCACUUGGAAUCGGGGUCUGUAGUAUAGAGUGUAGAUGCUUUCAUUCUGGGAUCGGGAUCUUUCAGCCGUGCUACAAUUAUGGAUAAUGCACCAUCUUCCGCGACGGCAAUUGAUCCAAGAGCCUUAGCUGUUUUGAGGACGGCUGUGGAGGCUGAACAGAGCAAGCGUUAUCUUUUUGCCGUGGAUUUAUACAGCGAAGGAAUUAAGUUACUAAUUGAUAACUGUCGGGCUACGACCAAUGAGAAAAUCAAAGCGGCGCUGAAGGAAAAAAUCCGUCAGUAUCUGGAGCACGCUGAAGCACUGAAACGAACGGUAGAGCAGGAGAAGAAAAAGUCCCAUGGCUACCACGAGCAGUUGGUUAUUCAAGAGAACGGCACGGGAUUCGGGCUGGAGAGGGUGUUUGGACCGUAUUUGGACGGGGAGCUGACCGAAGUGGAGAUCGACGAUGCCUAUAUUCGCCACAAUCAUCAGAUACAGCUGUUCCUGAAAUUCUGUGCCCUGAUAAUCAAAAAGUCUCCCAAUGUGAAGCAUAUCCGAUUAAAGACGAGCUGCGAUGGGGAUCCGGCAAAAAAGCAUAUUCAAGUCACCCGGCUGGAUGAGAUCCGUUUGAACCUGUUACAACGCGGCAUCUUUUUGCUCAUUGAAUACUGCGAUACGCUGCAUGAUCGCGAAAUAAGGUUCGACAACGGUUGGAUUAUUAAGAUCGGACGAGGUCUGGACUACUUCAAGAGAGCGGAACCGAAUACCGUUGAGUUUUUUGAGCUGGAUUUCCGGCCUUGCAUGGCCACGACGGUGGACAUGAUCUACAAGCCAAAGCGAGCGCCAUUCCCAUCCGCUUCAGGUCCAUCCACUUCUGGUUCGGGUCGUGACAUGAGCUCCCGGAGAUGAGCGAAAAAAAUUUUAAGGCAUUUUGUAGCUGGUUGAAAGUGGAUGCUUUGAUCUGCUUACCUUUAAAACACGACCUCGCCGAAGGUACGUGGAUCUCGUCGGUUUCGGUUUACGUAAUUUGAUGCCUUCCAUUUACUGAACCCGUAACGGUUGUGCUUUCACAAGUUUUGUAAAUUUUUAUCCUUUCGUACCAUUUAGUUUUACUAACCAUCGAUUAUUUUAUGCACCCCUGAUCGUUGUAUUUACUUGCAACUUUAUUUUUAUAACUUUUUGAUAACGAAGUUAAUGAAAUACAGAUAGAAGUAUACUGAGUU